AUGGCGACUGUAGCACCUGUGUCUGAGCUGAGGGUUGUUCUGCUGGGGAGCAGCUGGAGUGAGAAAAAUGAAGUGGGGAAUCUCUUACUGAGAAAUAAUGUCUUUAAUAAUAAACCUAAAGGCUGUGUGAGAAUUGGUGGGACACUGGAUGACAAAAAAUUAGUUGUCAUCAACACCCCCUACCUGCCUCCUCUCGGCACCUCCCACCAUGAGCUGACAGAGUUUAUAAAAGACUGUGCAAAACACUCUGAUCCUGGACCUCAUGUGUUCCUGCUGCUUGUACAGCCUGAAACCUUUACAGAAGAGCACAGACAGAGACUCUGCAGAGUCCUUCAAGGUUACAGUGAUCGAUCAUUUGAUCAUUCACUGAUACUGACCUCAGCACCCAGAGAGGAGAGCUCAAGUUCUUUGGAAGAUUUCAUGAAAAGUUCUGCAUUAAAUGAAAUGAUCAAAAAAUGUAACCGCAGAUACUUGAAGAGGAGCGACAUUGAACAUUCAAAGCUGUUAACACAUUUGGGUGAAAUUAUGAAGGACAACAAUGGAGAGCAUGUGAACUAUGAAGCUUUUGAGGAAACAACACAAACAAUAGCAGGAGAGCAAAAAAAGACUCCUAUCACUGAUAAUGUGGUGUCAUCAUACAGGAUUGUACUGUUGGGGAAAUGUGAGGAAAAGAAGAUCAAACUCGGUAACCUGAUCAAUGGGUACCAAGGUUUUCACUGCCAAAAACAGUCACCAAUAAUGCACUGUGUGGCCUGCUGUAGAGAGUGGAGAGGAAAGCCAUUAACAGUGGUGAAAACUCCAAACCUGCUCACUCUGUCUGAGGAGGACACGAGAAGAGAAGUAAAGAGCUGUGUGAGUCUCUGUCCUCCUGGACCUAAUGUUCUGCUGCUGUUGGUGAAACCUUCUGAUUUCACUAACGAAGACACAAACACUCUGAAGUCCAUACUGAGUUUGUUUGGUGAAGACUUCUAUAAACACUUGAUGGUCAUCAUCACAGAUAAGGAUGAAAUGAGUUCCUCUUUAAAUGACCUUGUUAGAAAAUGUGGAGGACAGCAUUACAACAUGUUUGAAGAUAAUUGUGAAUCAUUAAUGGAGAAGAUUCAGAAAAUUGUAAAUGAAUCCAAUGAACCACUCCUGUUAAAGAAAGAACUCAUCAAACCAUCUUUAAACCUGGUUCUGUGUGGGAGUGAGAAGACGUCAGCAGCCAAGGCCAUUUUAGGUCAGACUGAGCUUCAUUCAGUCUCCAACUCAUCAGAGUGUGUUAAACAUCAGGGAGAGGUGUGUGGACUUACAGGUGAUGAGGAGAAGCAGAGCACCAAAAGUCUCAGGAUUGUCCUGAUGGGAAAGACCGGCAGUGGAAAGAGCUCUACAGGAAACACCAUUCUAGGAAGAAAGGAGUUCAAAGCAGAAUCGAGCCAAACAUCCGUCACCAAAUGCUGUCAGAAAGAACAGGGUGAAGUGGACGGUCGUCCUGUUGCUGUGGUCGACACUCCUGGUCUGUUUGACACAACUCUGUCACAUGAAGAAGUUCAUGAGGAGAUGAUGAAAUGUGUCAGUCUUCUGGCUCCAGGACCACACGUCUUCCUGCUGGUGAUACAGAUCGGCAGGUUCACAGCAGAGGAUAAACAAACACUCGAUUUAAUCAAGAAAGGUUUUGGAAAAAGUUCUGGAAAGUUCACCAUCAUUCUUUUAACUGGAGGAGAUUCACUGGAGGAUGAUGAGGUGUCUGUUGAAGAGUACAUCCAACACAAAACUGAUGACUCUUUUAAGAAGCUGAUUGCUGACUGUGCAGGAAGAUACCAUGUGUUCAAUAACCGUGAGAAAAAAAGCCGCACACAAGUCAGUGAGCUGAUAACAAAGAUUGACACCAUGGUGAAGAACAAUGGAGGAAACUGUUUCACCAAUGAGAUGCUGGAAGAGGCUGAAGCAGCGAUAAAGAAGGAAAUGCAGAGAAUCCUAAAGGAGAAGGAAGAAGAGAUGAAGAAACAGAUAAGGGAACUUGAAAGAAAACAUGAGGAAGAAAAAGAAACAAUGAAAAGAAGAAUGGUUGAACAGGAAGAGAAAAUUGAACAAGACAGAAAACUGAGAGAACAACAACUUAAAGAAAAAGAAGAACACAUCAACAAAGAGCGCGAGCAGAGAAAGAAAGAAAAGGAGGAGAGAAAAGAGGAAGACAGGAUAAAGAAAAAAGAGGAAAAACUUAAAAGAAAAGAGGAGAAACAAAAACUUGAAGCUUUAGAAAAAAAAAUAAAAUCAGAAUCUGAAGAAAAAGAAACCAUAGAUAAAGAGUUGAUACAGAACAAAAUGGAAAUGAUAAAACAAAACGAGGCCUGGGAGAAGGAAAGACAAGACUGGUGGGAGAAACGAUAUCGUGAAGCUCGACAGUCUCGCAUUAAGGAGAUAGAAAGAAUGAAAAAGACCCAAAAAGAAUUUGACCUGGAAAGAAAAACAUUUGAAGAAAGUAAAGAAGCUGAUCGAAUCAGAAGACUACGUGAAGAAAAAGAGAGAAAAGACUUAGAGGAAAGCUACAAAAGAAAGAUAGAUGACAUGAUAAAGAAAUCGGAAGAGAAUGCCAGAAAACAAGCUGAAGAGUUCAAUGACUUCAGAAGAAAAUACACCAAAGCUUUGGAAGCUUUGGCGAAAAAACAUGCUGAAGAACUAAAGAAGCAGAUGCAAGAGCAUGAAACAGAAAUGCAACAGAAAAAACAAGAACACGGCGCACAGUUUAAUCAGCUACAACAACGCUCAAGAGACACAGAAAAGAAACUCAAAGAAGAACUGAAGAAGAAGGAAGAUAAUCAACAAAAACUGGAGGAACUGAACAAAAAACAAGAACAAGAGAUAAAUGAUCUGAAUGAGAAGUACAAAAAGAAGUGCACUGUGUCCUGA